CAUAUGUGACCUCUUCACACUGGACGUAAGCUCCAAGCACUGCCCCACUCAGCCAAUGGUACCAGUGAGUGGGUGGCUCCUCCUCUGCUCCUUUGACGUAAUACCGAGCGAGUACAGGCGGAGAUAAUUUCAGCCCCGUUUGCGGAGUUUAUAUCGGAGAAUCAACUGCAAAGGAUAAGGGCGAGAAAUGGCUGGUUACCUGAAGGUCCUUAGUUCCCUGUCGAGGUCUGCGGCAUCUCUUUCGAGAAACCCAGCAGUGCUUGCGCAAGCGGCCAACGGCCAGACUUUGCAACAGAGGAAUUAUGCCGACAAACGCAUCAAGGUGGCCCAGCCAGUGGUGGAGAUGGACGGAGACGAGAUGACCCGCAUCAUCUGGGAGUUCAUCAAGGAGAAGCUCAUCCUGUCCAACGUGGAUGUGGAGUUGAAGUACUAUGACCUGGGCCUUCCGUACCGUGACCAGACCGAUGACCAGGUCACCAUAGAUUCCGCCCUGGCCACCCUGAAGUACAACGUGGCUGUCAAAUGCGCCACCAUCACACCAGACGAAGAAAGAGUGACGGAGUUCAGCCUGAAGAAGAUGUGGAAGAGCCCCAACGGAACCAUCAGGAACAUCCUGGGUGGAACAGUCUUCCGUGAGCCAAUCAUUUGCAAGAACAUUCCCAGGCUAGUGCCAGGCUGGACCCAACCCAUCACCAUCGGCAGACACGCCUUUGGAGACCAGUACAGGGCAACAGACUUUGUCGUGGACCAGCCGGGCAAAUUCAAGAUGAUCUUCACCCCGACUGAUGGCAGCCAGGGCAAAGAAUGGGAGGUGUACGAUUUCCCAGCCGGGGGCUGUGGAAUGGGCAUGUACAACACAGACGAGUCUAUUUCGGGCUUUGGACAUAGCUGCUUCCAGUAUGCCAUUGCUAAGAAGUGGCCGUUGUACCUGAGCACUAAGAACACAAUCCUCAAGGCUUAUGACGGCAGAUUCAAGGACAUCUUCCAGGAUGUCUAUGAGAAGCACUACCAGUCUGAGUUUGAGAAGCUGAAGAUCUGGUACGAGCACAGACUCAUCGACGACAUGGUAGCCCAGGUGCUCAAGUCCACCGGAGCCUUCGUGUGGGCCUGCAAGAACUACGACGGCGACGUGCAGUCUGACAUCCUUGCUCAGGGUUUCGGCUCUCUGGGACUGAUGACCUCGGUGCUCGUGUGCCCAGACGGGAAGACAAUCGAGGCAGAGGCUGCCCAUGGCACCGUGACAAGGCACUACCGGGAGCACCAGAAGGGUAAUUCCACUAGCACCAACCCCAUUGCCAGCAUCUUCGCCUGGACCAGGGGUCUGGAGCACCGUGGGAAGCUCGACGGCAACCCCGACCUCAUCAAGUUCUCUCAGAUCCUGGAGAGGGUGUGCGUAGAGACGGUUGAGAGCGGUGUAAUGACCAAGGAUCUUGCUGGUUGCAUCCACGGCCUGCCCAACUGCAAGCUCAACGAACACUACGUCAAUACUACUGACUUCCUGGAUGCCAUCAGGCUAAAUCUGGAUAAAGCUCUAGGCAAGUGAAGAACGUGAACUAGAGCAGCGAACCUAGUAAAGAUACUGUCAUUAAAAAUGUAUUUUGUACAUCCAUUUUAACUUAAAAGGUCAAGAUAAGCAUCCAUUUUAUGUUGAAGGAAAACAAUUUGUGUUUAAAAAAAAACAAUUGUGUUGAAUUAAAGGAAAUGAAGUAUUCUGUGAUUAGGUUUUAUGGUUCGUACCUAUUAACUGGUCUUCCGUCUAGUGCCUCAGUCUGGUGCCUCCCUCCAUGUUCUACCCUAUUUUUGUAAUGUAUGAACUAUACCAAGGGCUGGGAUGCCAAUAAACUCCCUUGAUUCUCCUCUA